AUGUCAACAAACCCACCGCGUACCCCAGAUCGCUCGGCCCUGGGUGAAUCCUGGGUGAUGGCCUCGACGGCCUCGAUCAAGGAAGCAAGUUUACUUGAAAACGUACAAGAAAAUGUACAAGAGAAACAAGCAGACCACGACAGACCAGAGCUAGCCAGUCCGACACCGACACCAAGAUCUGUACCAAAUAGCAACGUCAGGACACUCAACGAGGAACAAGACAAAGAGCUGAACAAGAAACAAUACAAGGAAUCGAAAAUUAAACCAGGAGAUAAACCAUCGCAGUCUUCUGAAUCACUGGCAUCCUCAUCCUCGUCGUGGAUCAGCACAUCGGGUCCAGAGCUCAUUAUGCCUUCCAUCUACGAAGCACCCAUCUCCGAGGCAUCAUGGGUGGCUCCAAAAAUGCGAUCUGCCACUGCUACUGCGGCUAAACAAGUCGUCGACAAAGGCACAGGAAUGCGAAAGCGGCGCAAGAUCACGACAAACCCCAACUCUGCUGGAAGCCAAGAUGCAGGCUCGUCUACUUCAGCAGCAGAACAAAAUAUUAAGCGUGGGCCUCUGAAAAUGUUCACCACCUCUCUCAACCAACGAACCACCCUUCGCAACAUCAUCAACACCAUCCUCCUCGCCCUCAUACUUCACAUCCUUUUUCUCCCCGAAGUCACCUAUCAAGCGCAAGGACUCUGCAGUAUUCCGGGUAUCAAAAGCCUAUACCCUUCCAGCUGCAUCCCACUCUACCCCAAACAACCCUCCCACAAACCCACCGACAACAACAAACCCAUCACACCAGAAGAAACAAUCUUCGCCGCCCAAACCCACCUACAAUCAAUCUUCACCAGCUCCCUCGCAACUCUCCUCCCGCUCGCACCCACCCUCAAGGAAAGCGAAUCAAAGCUCCAAUCCCUCCAAUCUACCUUACAAACCACCUUCCCCUCCGCCAGAAACGCUCUCGCCCUCGAAUUCCAAGGAGGCGACUCGGCCCUCCGCACCGCGGUGUGGGAAUUCGACUCACUCCGUGCAGACCUCCGCUCUGCAAUCGAUUCCCUCCUCGCCUCACCCCCGACAAAAGAGUCGACGGGGACGUCUAUCGCCCACGAUACCAGGCUCGCGGCACAGCUUCGUCGUCGCGCGGAGUAUCUUGAUCGACUGCGUACGCAGAUCCAUGGCAAAGCCGAUGCACUCGCUACGCGGUUCGGUACCCUAGAUGACCAUCUCACGGCGGUUGAUGGGAUUAUCUCGCGCGAGAAGAGAAGGGCUUCGUUGGACACACUUAUGGGUACUGGGGGUGAGAGUAAUGAGCGGGAUGGAUUUAGGUCUGUUCUGAAUUCAUUGUCGAGGUAUGCGUUUGGGACGAAGCUGUUUGUGGGGUCGGGAUCGACAGGGUCAAAAGCAUCAGCGGCAGCAGCAGCUGGCGAAGCAGAGGAAGAAGAAGGGGAAGAUAUGCCUGGGCCUGCUACGACCUUGGCAAUGCUGAGAUUAGCGGCGACACAUCACGUCCCUGUUGCUGAUGCGGUGGAGAAAUUAUCACGACAAUUAAGGGACUUGCAACGUGCGAGGGGGGUCCACUUGGGCCCAUUAUGA